AGCCUUGCCACACCUCUAGCUUCAUCGUCUCUGCAAAGAAAAGGUCUAGCAGUCUUGCAGUCUCGCACGCGACAAACGAUUAGUAGUGCGGCCGUCUCUAUUCUCUUGACACGACCUCAUGCUUGAACUGUUUGCUUUUUUGUUGGGUUUCUCCCCUCUUUGGCAACUGCUCACCAUACGACCAACGCCAGUUCGAAUUUGCAACCUGUCUUUUUCGCUUAUUUUUUUUAAAGGCCUCCAAUUUACAUUUCUAUAAAUAUUUUGUUCUACCGCCAACGCCAGCACCAGCCCCCCACAUACAACCACAUUCAUAUAUACACAUACUCGCCAAGGGCGUACAAAUGCCAAAAUGGCCCGCACACAAUCAUCGACACCAAAGGCUCAGAUAAUCGCUGGAGUGACUAGCAGUGAGGCAUCGUCACUGUACACUCCGAAAAAGUUGGACCACACCGGCAGUUCCGCGCGCAGAUUUGACCGGGCACCAACCAGCACACGACGCGGCCGCGUGGCAACCAUUGCUCCAGACACAGAGCCUGAAACAAUUACGGUCACAGCCACAGCCACAAUUACAACUACACACACAUUAGGUGCUGCGCCAACCAAAAGUCCCAGUGCGAGCUCCGCCACUAACACCUCUAUUAUUGGCACCGAAAGGAACGCUUCAGCCAGCAGGGCCAGCUCGUUAACACCCAAGCGCGUUCUAAAAGGGACCACAUCGCUCUCUUUAUCAACUUUGGCGUCUCGAUCAAAUUCAAGACCGCGCGCUGAGUUUACGUUUCGCUCAUCAACAAAGUCAACACCGACUUUAACGUUGGCAUCCACAGCGAAGCCAGCUUUGAUACAGACCGAGUUUCCCAGCCUAUUUGAACAGGACGCAUCAUUGCCGGUACUGCAGCCACAGCAAAAGUACCCAGAGAAGCAACCGCAACCACAACUGAAACUGCAGCUGCAAAAGCCGCAGCACCUAGAAUUUGUCGGGGCCGCUUUGCUGCCCUCACUAUCGCGGCGCGCAACAAUUAGCGGGCGCAAGCAAACAUCAUUGAGAAUUGGCACGGCAAGGCGAGGAGCCAGCUUCCGGGCUAUGGGCGAACCAGAUGGUACAAUCAUGACUAAAGACAGUGUCAGCCAGUACAGCGCGGAUGAGGCCACGAUAGACUCGUCGAACUCAGCACUGACUCCGAACUCGCGAUGCGCAUACGACAUUCCAAACGAUAAUGAGAACGACGGCCAGUACGCGACGGAGUUUUGGCUCAACGCGCUCGUUCCGAAGCCGCACACAAACUUUUUUGGUUACGAGGCGUCAAUUGGCCCAAUAUGCAUCUCCAUCAGCACUCGCGAGUCGCAUGAGUGCUACAAGGCGCUGGUGCGCACGCCGUUCAAGUUUGGCGUGGUUUAUGUGCCAACAAUGGUAAUUGACGAGCCGGUAUUCGGAACAGACUUGGACCGACUGUCGAGCCCGACACCUCAAAAGAUGCUGCUUUACCAUGCGAUGCGGCUGUACUUUCAGCAGGCCGACGACGAGCGCCGCGGUUACUUGUUGACGGCGCUGCGCAACCGCUGCCUGGCGGCGGAUACUUCGAGCGCAGGUGUGGGCGCAUUUCCAGAGGAGGACCACAGCGGCAACACCGCCGACGCAAUGUGGGGACGCUCGGUCGUAGAGACCAUACGCAGAACUAACACAGAGUCAGAAGCAAGGGGCGACACAGCGGGCCGCCAAGAGCAAUAUGGCCAGAAGCAAAGGGCGAAGCGCGGCCUUCAGCGGUCCAACACCAAGCGCUCGAUUGAGCUGCGGCGCGCUGAAAUAAGCGACUUUAUGGACGGUCUGUUCAAGACGAGUGGCUGUAGCGGCGGGGUCAAAGCCGAGGUGUCAGCGAGCCAAACAUCCACAUUGCUUGCAGAGGGCGGCCAGGGGGACACUGCGUUGCUGAUGGAGGAGAUACAGUGCUUUUUGGCGGCCGAGCGCGAGCAGCGUGAUCUUGCAGUUGCCACGGAGAGUCUUACGGAGAUACGUGAUGACCACCUCAAGCCACUGCUGCGCAACCUUGAGCCGAGACUGUUCCGGCGCCGCCUUCGCAUUGACUUUGUCGUUGUGGGCGCGCCAGGUCAAGCGCAUGCGGCCAACGUGUCACCGCCACACCAGCGCUUUUUGCGCUCGCUGGAGCGCGCCAACCUAAGGAUGCGAGGCGAGUCUGGCGGCGGGGCCAAGGCCGACGCAAAGGCAAACACAAAGGCGGAGUCCAAGACCGCACAGCGGCAGAAGACGCGCGAGGAGCUCGAAGCCAAGCGCACGAAUAUCAUCCAGGAAUUGAUAGCUACAGAGCGCAGCUACGUCGAAAAGCUGCGCGCGCUCAUUGAUAUCUACGUCGUGCCUCUGCGGUCCGCAGCCCGGUCGGCCAACAACACGCUGAUCCCAGCGUACGAUGCCCACGUGAUAUUUGGCAAUAUCGAGCGAGUCAGCGAGGUUAACGAGCGCUUUCUGGGCGAUUUGGAGGCGUGGGCGGCUGGAGAAAUGGAUCCACGCGAGACAAUUGGCUCGCUGUGCCGCGACCAUUUCGUUGACUUCCACGUAUACAAGCGGUACAUCAACGGCUACCAACACGCGUUGGCAACAUCGCGCGAGCUGGAAGCAAAGAACCCGCUAUACGCUGCGUUUUUGAACCGCGCGCGCGAGCGCGAGGAGUGCCGCAAGCUGGGCAUUAGCGACUUGCUGAUCAUGCCAGUUCAGCGGAUUCCUCGAUACACGCUGCUUCUGACGGAUCUGCUCAAGGCCACUGUCGCCGAAGAGGAUGAGGUUGCGUGUAUACAGCUCGCGCUCGAGCGCGUGAACGAAAUCGGCCAGCUUGCAGACAACCAGGUCGCCGAGUCUGUGGCUGAGCUGCACCGCAUCCACACAACUGUCGAGGGAUGUCCUCCCAACCUGAUCAGCGCAUCGCGAGAGUUUAUCGGCGCCAUCGACGCGUCUGAAAUCGAUCUGGCGACCAGUGCUCCCAAGCGCCCUGUGAGCCUGCUCGUCUUUUCUGACCUGCUAAUGAUUGUCGAGCGCUUCUGGCCUCCGCGCGACCACGGCGGCAUUCGGGUCACUGCACAGCCCGCGCUGCGCCACGCUUGCCCCGUACAUGCGAGUGUUGGUGUAGGUACAAGCACGGCCCUUGAGACGGGGUCUGGCGCCGAUUACAAGACAGCAUGCACGUGCGGCACCGGCCCCAAUUCUGGGUCUUCAUCUAGCAUACCUGCAGCCACAGCGUUUUUGUCGACGACCAGUGAUUCGAGUCGCGGUAAACGCUGGGGCCGCUUUGCCGGGUGGGUCGACAUUACGCGCGUCAGCACGCUAGAGAAAAGUCUGAACCCAUCUUCGCGCUCAUUUUACAUCCACCGCUACCCAUCCGGGGGAGCUGGUGCCGCUUCUGGCGCCGACGACGUGCAGGCCGCAGGUGCAGUGGCGAGGCUGCGGGCAGCUACGGUUGCACCCAGCGCCAACCCCUCGGGGCAGCGGUCAUCAGCAUCUUCCAUUGUAUCGCUUGAAUCCGGCAUAGCCACUUCGCCAGCGUUACCGUCCGAAAUGCUGCACCAAGAGUUUGCGCGGAUACUUUACCCAGCUGAGGCCACGUACGAAUCUUACGGAGAUCAUGGCUACUGGUACCCACAGUCGCUGCACGAGUUUGAGACCGAUCACCCGCUGACACGCGACGCUUUCUUUGAAUUUCUCAACAUCGCAUGGGAGCGCUCUAUUGCACGCUGUUUCGAGUCUACGUCGUCGCUUAGCCGGCAGGGUAGCAGCAGCAGCAGCAGCGCGGCUACCGCGGCUGUCCGCAACCACCGCAAGACAAAGUCUGGUUCUGGUUCCGGUGCUAGUGCUAGUGCAGAUUCCAAUGCAAACGGAAGUUCCAAUGCAAAUGCUGUGCUGCCAGUUGCUAGCUUGGGCCACCCCGAAUUGGACCGUGUAGACGUCGGCGGACAAGCAUGGACGGUGCGCAUUUGGGAUGCAGCCGACUAUGCGCGGUCACGGCACGGCUGCCCCAGCGCCCUGGCUGCUGACAUGACCGUUGUGUGGGACUACAGUCAGAUGGGGUCGCCUGCCCCGCCUGCUGCGCCGCCUGCUUAUUUCCCUCAGCAGGCUUGCCGCAUAAUUGACUCUGGUGAUGGCUACUUUGACGUGGUAUCAACAAUUUUGCCGCUGGACUCGCAGCUUCCGCACAGUGCCGAGACGGAGACAUAUGCUGAACUGCUCGAGGAACGCGAUGUUGCUGACAACUGGCCGGCACUGUGCCGCCUGGUUGAACAGGCCGUCACUAUGUACCAGUACGUGCUGCUUGCUUAUCCUGAACACCGCCGCGUGCAGCAAUGUUAUAACCGCAGUAUCUUGGCAUCGCUGUUUGGCCAGAACGCGCUUGGUAGCUCGUCAUCCGUCAAGGCCGAGACUGCAGUAUCCGCCGCUCCACGCAAGCUGUUCUCACGUGCUCGCCAUCUGUUUUCGUCUGGAAAACUUCGCAGUUCGGGAUCAGGUUCGGCAUCAGUAUCGGGAUCUGGUGCUCAAAAGGGCGCCUCCAGUGCCGACUCUACAAACUUGUUUUCAUCGGCUUACAGCAAUGCGGUUACCACUGAAACUAUUGGCCCGUCCUCGGGGUCGUCGCCAUACAACCACUCGACAAUUUCAACGCCGCUGACGGUUCUUGGCCGCUACAAGCUUAAAGGAAAAAGUUCGACUAUGGUCCCAUCACGCCGCGCCAAUACGCUGCAGCCCAACCCCCAAGGAUCCCAGCUCACAAAGACAGUCUCUGCUGGGUCGACACCAUCACACUCCUCCAACAGCGCGGGGCACGCUGGUAAGCCAACGCUUGCCGCUUCGUCAUCCUUUAGUGCUGGGGACGCUUCGAAGUUUGGCAUUGCAACCACUGGUGGCAGCACCAGUACCCAGCUGUCACCAAUCCCCGACAACCUAUCUUCUGGCCGCAAGAUAGCGCACACCAUUGACGAGUUCCCGCCAUUCUCAUCGACAUUGCUUGCCGACAACUCUUUAGAUAUUCGCACUCGCUCGCAGACCAGCUGGGAGCAGCGUGCGCGUGCUGCGACAAGCAUGCCGUCUAUGGCUCAAGGGUUACCGGCACGCCAACAGUCUUCUCGUGUGAGGGGUUCUCAGGCUUCAAAAGAUGCGGUGAGCGUGUUGCCGCUCAAUCUGAGCGGGUCCUCGCCGUCUUUGGUUAAGUUGGGAAAGCAGACUUUCAGCUCUAAGCCCAGGCCGACUGGCGCAGAUGGCGCAGAUGGCAUAGAUGGCGCAGCCGCGUAUACAAAGCGCAGGUCAAUGUCAGUUGUGGAGAUCAUUCCCGGAUGCGACGACAUCAAUUUGUAUGCAGCGCCCGAUCUCAGUUCUGUUUCUGGCCCCGGCUCCUUGCUAUUAACUACGCAGCGACAAUCGCGCAACGACAGCACAAAUGUUGUUGGAAGCAUAGCCAGUAUCGUUUCGAGCGUGUCUGCCACUGCGUCCAAUUUUGGCGCCUGCGGCCCGCGUGGCGACAGUGGAUCUGAAUUUUCCUUGAGCCUUGAUAUCUUACAGCCGCAUGGUGAGAGGUUGCAUAUUCCAGACGAUUUGAAGUUGGAGUUUGACGCAGCAUUGAGCGGCGAUAACAGCACACCCCCUCAUCGGAACACGGUCUGGCUUUGAAUAUGCAGUCAUUCGUCUCACCCUUUCCGAGCGCUGUAUCUAUGGGCAUGACCGACACAACCGGUGCUGAUUCCGGAAAUCCCUUUAAAUCUGGCGCUCACGGUCUGAGCGUAUUCAUUCCAUCGAAUGGCAAUGUGCCGAACACAUCUAGCACCUGGGACAUUGUCUCUCCUGAAUACAUUGGCUUGGCUGACCAGCACAGCCAGCUGCCUCUGAAGAGUGCCGAUUCUGCUGCGAGCAGCAGCAUGUUCUCGUCGUCUCAGGGGACCCCCCCUGCAACUGUAAAUUCUGGUCGUGGCACAGAACGGCGCCGAGGUGUAUACGGCGCGCCGCCCCACAAGACAGCAACGGCAGGCACAAUGCUAAUGUCAACGCCACGUUCACCACGAGCUGACCAACAAUCGAACGCGCAUAUUAUGCUGUCCGAGUCCACAUUCUUUUGGACAUUGCGCGGG